AUGAGCAUCAUCCCGAAUCCUCCGCGCUGGCAAGCUAACGCUGAUCCUACAUCCAUAGAUGUUCCAGGUCUCGACACUAAUGCAUCUGUCAAUGACCAGAUCGACCAGAUCGAACAGCUGAUAACUAUUAAACUUCAGAACAUCGACACGAAUUUCUCAAAGAUUCAGAAUAUCAUGGCCACAAAGUUGCUACCAGCCGUGAAGCGAUAUGCGGUGAGCACCGAACCCGUUCGUGAAGCUGCAAAGUUCUGGACAUCGUUUUACGAGAAAGCCGCACAAGUACAUAUUCCUACAUAUGAGGAUUAUUCCUCUUUGCAUGAUCAACAGUCAGAAGCACUAUCCCAGGCCGAAAGUUCCUCCACCCGACCCGACGCAGAGGAGUCUUCUUUGUUCAGUACCGAAGAUGAUACAACGCCUUCUCAUCAUCGCAAUCGCACUUACGGUCCAAAUUCUACUGCAUCUGAAUCCUCUUUCAUGCCAUCGAAUGCAGUAUCAUCUACCCCGGCUCGUACUGGGUUGUCUGGCAAUGAUAUUGUGGAUGAUCAACCUUCUUGGAGUGCAUCACUAGAAUCUCCACUCGUUCGGCUUGAUCGCGAGCUCCAGGACUUUACUCUCGGGGAGGAUAGCAAAGCCUCAGCGGGCCAUAAUUCUACCUACAACAGCUUUGCUUAUGAAGAAGAAAACACUGUCCAGCAGUUUUUGGACAAGGGAAAGUCAAGGGAUUAUUCACCUGGACAUUCUGUUUCGCAGGGUACAUCACGCCCCAAUUUUUCAUCCUUGCGGCUUCCGCCCAGUGCGCUCCCCACCCCUCGUAGUAUCCCAGCUAGCGCAAGAAUAUCUCCACUGAAAGUUAAGCCCAAGACACCCGUAGCAAUCCCACAACAUCUACACGCGUAUCUUCCUCCACGCAAUCAUCCAAACCCCCCACUGCCAUCACCUAGGAGGCAACGAUAUGAGCGCUCUCCGCACAAACCAUACCCCCCGCUGUCAUCCACCUCUAAUUCGUCAUCCAUGCUAGAUAUACCAUCUCUAACGAGACCAUCCGAUGAUUCAAAUAGACCAUUUGAUCAGUUCAACGACUCUUUCGAUGACUCGGCAGAACUCAUGCGUGGUCUUUCGCCACCGCGGACGGUGGCAUUUCCGCGCGGACCGAGGUCUAGCGUGGGACUGGGCCUGCUACCUCCACUUGGUCGGACACCAGGCAAGGAUUUACACCAUGCAUUGGGAAGGACACCCAAGAAGGAAGCUGCAGAGCGUAUACGUCGCGAUCUUCUUGGAGAUGUUCAAUCUGAUCACAGUUCCGUCCGAAGUAGUGCCACUGUAGACCGGUUUGGUGGCUUCAAGAAAUUUGGUUACUCCAUUCCAGAAGGCACCGACGAUACCAUGUCUACGAUCCCCACCCCACCAUCCAUAACACGAUAUACCCGCCAUGCUUAUCUCUCUGAGCACAACAGCAAGGAUGCGAGCUCAAAUUAUGCAGUCAUAAUGCGCAGGGCAGGACUCAGCAUACCUGAAUCCGCCUCUACAUCAAAAUCACAUUCAGUCACAUCUCACCAAAGUCUCGAAACAGCACGGUUUGCCCCUACUUCUCAACCACAAGCCCUCCACACUCCCGAUCCAUACCCUGAGCUUUUCCAUUUUCAACAAGAAGAGCCCAGUACAUUGCAACCAGUUGGUCAUAGUCCAGACUCAGACUCAGACUCUGAUUCAGACUCUCUCGGCGAGCCUGCACACCCAGGACAGCCAUCGACUGCGUUCCUAAUGGCCUCCGCACGCAAUCAAGACCCGGACGAUUCAUUCGGCUCGUCGAAUUCAAACCACUCCAGUGACUCGAUCGGAGGGGGUUUUGGCGACGAAGGCGGUGCUGUGCAUCCAUUUGCGCGCGCCGUAGAAGACGAUGGGGAUGGAUUCGACGAUAGUUUUGAUUCUGUUGAUGGCAACGGUGAUGGCGAUGGCGAUGGCGAUGGCUUGAGAGUCCAGGAAGAGACUGUAUUUGGUAUCCCCCCUGCGCAGCGCAAGUACGGGAGAGGUCCCGGCGAGCUCAGGCUUCUAGGGGAAGAUCUUUUGCAAGAUACGAUUGGUAUUGGAAGUCAGCUGGCAAAAGCAGGGAGAAUUGAAGAGAGUCCGACUCCGUAUGGGAGGGUCUAG